UUUUCUUCCUCUUCAAAAAAAAAAAAAAAAUUCUCUCCUUUUAUCAUCCGAAACAACAAAAAAACACGUAUCCGACCGUUUCUCCGAGCUAGUCUCGCCUCCUCCCGACACCACCGAGGCCCCCUCCUCUCAGCUGUCCGAUCCGAUUCCUCGAUCCCGUGGCUACAGAACCUCCUCGACGUUUUCACGUCCUGCGAAACUGAGUUCAAAGGCGUCCUCUUCUCCACGGUCAGAUCUCGAGGUCUCCGUCUUUGGAGAGGGUUAUGACUGAAAUGCUUGAUCGGAUUCUAAAGGCGCUUGAUAUAUGUAACGCCGUCGUUAACGGUAUUGAUUCCGUUAGACAGAGCCGGCGUCUUGCGGAGAUAGCUGUCACGGCGCUUAAACAGCGGCCGUUAUGUGACGGAAGCGUUCGUAGAGCCAAGCGUGCGUUGGCAAGCCUCGUCGUUGGGUUAAACGGCGACGUGAAAGAUAGGAGCAAUGGCAGUAGUAGUAGUAGUAACAAAAGGACAACGUCGAGGUCGUGGUCGUUUGGACCGCGCAGCAACGUCGCCGUAGGAGGAUCGUCUGGCCACGUCAGCAAGAACUGGUCUGCGACGAAGCAGAUUCAAGGGAUGGUUGCUAAUCUCGUGCUGCCACGUGGAGCGGAAGCUUCAGGAGCGGCGAUGCCGGUUUAUAUAAUGAGCAGUGUUAUGGCUCUUGUGAUGUGGGUGCUAGUGGCUGCGGUUCCUUGCCAGACAAGCAACGUUCUUGUGGCGCCGUUGCAGCUUCCGAAACACCAGAGCUGGGCUAGCGCCGCGGUGAACAUUCAGGAGAAGGUUGGUGAAGAGAUGAAACGGAAGGAGAAGCGUUUUGGUUGUGGUGGUGGUGGGUUGAUGGAGGAGAUGCAGAGGAUGGAGAAGAUAGGGUUGUCUUUGUUGGAAUUCACGGAGAGGUUUAGGUUUCCGGCAGAGGAAGAGGAGGCGGAGGAAGUUGCGGAGAAGGUGGAAGAGAUGGAUGAGAUUUGCAGAGGAAUGGAAGUUGGAUUGGAGGAUUUGCAGAGACAAGUGAGAGAAGUGUUCCACAGAUUGGUGAGAAGCAGGCUAGAGAUUGUUUCCUUGCUUGAUCAAGCUCAUGCAAUCUAAUUUAAUCUACUUUUCUGGGCGGUUUUUAGUCUCUUAAAAAAACACUGAAAAAUAUUGAUGUGUAUAAAUCUACAAUUAGUAUUACAUAUGUUUGGUU